AUGGAUCUACGAAGUGGAACUGUAUCUAGAAGAGAAGAGGAAGAAUGUGGUAUAGAAAGUGGAACAGAAACAAUGGAAUCGCAAGAGACUGGAAGAAAAACCUCAAAUAUGGAUUGUUUAAUGGAAAUAUUCAAGGAAAUGGAAGAAAAAAGGGAAAAACAAAAUAAGGAAAUGGAAGAAAAAAGAGAAAAACAAAGAAGAGAAGACAAGGAGGAACGUAGGAGAGAAAAAGAGAUAGAGGAAAAUAAAUUAGAAGAAUUAGAAAUAAAGAAGGAAUUUAAAGAAGAAAGGGAGAAGUUUAAAAAUGAGAUGGAAAACAAAAUAAAACUAGUGGAAAAGAAAAUUGAAGAAGACCGAGAAAAGGUGAACAAGUAUGAAAUAGAAGGAAACAAGAGAACACUUCAAAUAUGGGAAAGUAUAAAAGAAAUCCAAAAGAAUACACAAGAAGAGAAGAAAGAAGUAGAAAAAGAAAUGACAAACUUGGAUACAAAUUUACAAGAAAAUAGAGAGAGACUAGAUAUAGUAGAACAACAGAUAAGAAGACAAGGAACAAACAAUGGCGAAGAAAUACAAAGCAAUGAAGAGAUACUGCGAAUAAGAGAAGAAUUAAUGAGUGAAAUUAAGGGAACUACAACAACAAACGACACAAACUAA